CCCCUGAGCUGGGCGGGCUUACCGUUUCAAAAUUUCAGCGGGUGUGCUCGAGUUGUUGACGUUCGCGUGUUUUAAACUUUUAUCCGUGUAUUUUAGCAUUUCUGUAAUUUUGAAAAUACGCUUUCCACAGCCGAAAGCUUUCGACUUGUGUUAACCAUGUCUUUCUCAAGAGCUCCAUUAAAAAGAUUUAACGAUAACGCUGGAUGUGCUCCACCACCUGGUACCUAUGAUGUGAAGACUGGUGAGCUAAAAGGAGCUGCAACAUUUCACAAAUCUGAGCGUUUCAAGCAAGCCUCCAAAAUGUUACCACCACCAUCACCUUCAGCAGAAGUAACAAUGUCUCCAGUACGGAGGACCAUGUCUGUUGAUGGUUUGGCUGAAGGAUUCCAAAGCUCCAAAAAGGAUAAAAUCACUUUCUCACUUGAGAUGAAACAUCGGAUGCUAUUAGAGAAAGAGAUUCGUUCUUUGGUGCAGCAGAGGGGAGAACAGGACCGAAGGCUUAUGACCUUGGAAGAAGAGAUGAAGAAGUUGGAGUCAAAACUGCUGGUGGCUCUCCGAGAGAAGACCGGUCUGGCUGCUAAUGUGGCUUCUCUUGAUAGGCAGCUUUCAGAGUUGAAGAAAGCCAAUGAGUUCCUGAAGUCGAAGGUCUCUGCUGAUAUUACUAAGAAGAAGAUCAACGCUCUAACCAUGGAGCUCAUUGAGGCCAAAAACAAAUUAGAUGCCAAAAACAAGGAGCUGAGCUUCCUGCAGAUCAGCUCAGAGGGAAAAGUAAAAGUCUUGGAAACAGAUCUGGAAACAGCCAAAACAACUUUUCAGGUUCUCCAGGAAAGAAAUAAGGAUCUUGAGGAUCUUCAUCAAGAAACAAAAGCCCAGAAUGAGCAACUUGAAAAUGAAAUGGGCCAAUUGCAUUCCAUAAUCCAGGAGCUGAGAGAGGAGAUCAAGGUCCUGCAGGGUUACCUGGACUCGGCAAAUGAAGAGAUUCAGGAUUUGCGGAUUAAGCUGCAGGACAAAUCCACCGUGGAGUGCUGUGACUCUGAUCCUCAAGAGAACCUCAGUGAUGUAAAGCAGAGGUUGGAGAAAUAUACUGGUGAGCUGAAUCUCAAGGAGGAGGAGCUGCAGAGGUGUCAGCAGGAGCUACUGGACUCCCAGAAGGCCCUUGAGGAGAAGCAGAAAGAGAUGGAGGAGCACAUAAAGGAGCUACAAACGUCCCAGGUCACGCUGAAAGAGCUAGAGGAGCAGAUGCAGAAGGGAGCUCAGGAUCUCGAGGAGUCUCGGAGCGUGGUACGACAGCAGGAACAGGAGCUGGCCCGUGUAAAGGAGGUCCUGAGAAGGACAGAGGAGGAGCUUGAUCAGCGUGUGGCGCUUAUGGGCGAGAGAUGCCUGGUGCUGGAGGAUGAAAGAGCCCGGACACAGGAGGAGGGGCUCAGAAGGGUACAGGAGCUGAAAGCAGAUAUGAGUUCAUUGGAGGAGAGCAGAAAGACUGAGAUGGAGUCACAUGAAAAGCUUAAAGAAGAAUAUUCUGCAUUAACCAAACAACUGGAGGAUGAGAAGGCGCACAGCAGCUCCCUUGCCAGCAUGCUUGAGCGUCUGAAAGAUGAGAAUGAGACUGAGAGGAGACAGCUUGGUGAGGAGCUGGAGGAUGCGCUUGAGGAGCUAUCAGAGCUGGAGAAGCAGGAACAACACCGUGUGGAGGCCGUCCAGAACCUCACACAAAAGAACCACACGCUUGAGCAAGACCUGAAGGACUCACAGUCUGAGUUAGAGAGGGUGCGUGCUGAGAUGCAGGCUUUGGAAGAGAUUCAUGUGAUGGCAAUAAAGAAACUAGAAGAGGAUCACAACGGCUGCCUUGCUAAGUUGGGAGGCAUGACCACUGACCUCGAGAGCACAAGAGACUCUUUGGGUAAGCAGAAGGACCAAGCUGAAGCUCAAGUCCACCAUCUGGAGAACGCGGUGAAGGAACUUGAGCAGCAAUUGCAAGAGCACCAGCAGAAACUAAUAAACUACCAGCAAAUGCAAGAUAAACAGCAAGAAGAUCAUGCUAGGAUGCUUUUAGAAGUUCAAACUAAACUGACUCAAACAGAGGACGAAUCGAAACGAACAGCAGAGGCCCAGCACGAGGAGCUGAGUCGCCUGCAGGCCGAGCUGGAGCAGGAGAGAGGAGACAGACAGCGGGCUCAGGCCCAACUGGAAAGAGAGCAGAAGAGGAGGGAAUCGAUGGAGGGACGCUCCACAGAAACCGGCAGGCUGCAGGGCCGUCUGGAGGAGCUCACGGAGGAGGUUUCUCUGCUGCACGGCCAGGUACAGGAGGAAAAAGCCAAAGCUCAACGUCACGCUGACGAGUGGCAGCAGGAGAGAGAGCAGCUAUGCAGACAGGUGGAGGAAGAAAGACAGAACCUCCACAGAGAGCUCGCUGAAGCACAGGUGCAGAGCACGCAUAAUGAAGAGACUGAGCGAUGGAGAAACUUGUAUGAAGAGCUUUAUGCUAAAGUUAAACCUUUUCAAGAACAGCUGGACAGCUUUGCAGCAGAGAGGAACGCAUUGCUCAAUGAGAAAGGUGCCACCCAGGCCCAAUUGAACAAGUUAGCUGAUGCCUACGCCAAUCUGAUUGGUCAUCAGAACCAACGACAGAAAAUCAGGCACAUGGUCAAACUCAAGGAGGAGAACUUGGAGCUCAAACAAGAAGUGCUCAAACUGAGGGCACAGGUCGAGAAACAGAAGCAUGAGAUGGAUCGGAUCAAGUCCAGCCAGCAGCCACGUAGAUUCGACCCCAGCAAGGCUUUCAAACACGAGCACAAAGAAAACCAGCAGCCCACCUCAGCUCUUACACAGGGCAACAAAAAAUUGCAUUAAACCAUCACUUAUGGACUUAAUUUUCUGCAGUGACACUGUUCUGUGAAUAUUUUAUUUAAUACUUGUUUGUCUUUGUGGAUUUUAUUUAGUUUUAUUUUUGUGUGUGUUUAUGUGGAUGUCUGUGUUAACACCCAAGUCUGUUGACCUUCAUUAAAUAUGCAUGUAUUGGUGGAAAUAUCUUUAUGGAAGAGGAUUCACUUAAAUUUUCAUCUUAUCUAAAUUUGUUCAUCACUGGGUAUGCAAUUAUGUUCAACUUUUAUUUUAAACGUUCAAACUUAAACCACUCUUUGUUUUGUAAAAAAGAAACAAGAGUGCUGGACUUAAGGAAUACGUUCAAAUCAAUUUGUUGCUGUGUAAAUGUGUAUAUGUAUGUCUUUCUGUCAUGUCAGCAUCUGUAGUAGUUCUUAUAAUUUUUUAUUAUCAUUUUAAUACUUGAUUUGAUCUCUGUCACUACUAUAGAUCUUGCUUUCAAAAAGUAGACAUUUUCAGUCAAGCCUUUUUGAAAUAAAAGUUUUUUACUAUUU